AUGCCAAAGCUCUACAAAAGGGACGAAAGCCCUCCAGCCAGGACUGUUAUGGUUGUCGCUCAUAUUCUAGGACUUUCUUAUGAACCUCACGAUUUGAAUCCAGUUUUUCGAGAUCAAGAUACGCCUGAAAUGGUCAAGAAAAAUCCAAUGAAAACCAUACCAACAUGGGAAGAAGAUGAUUUCUGCUUAGCAGACAGCCAUGCCAUAAUUAUGUAUAUGUUAGAAAAGUAUGGCAAGCCAGAACAUGAAUAUCUCUACCCUAAGGAUCAGAAGAAACGAGCUACAAUUCAUCAAAGAUUAUUCUUCGACUGUGGUAUUUUAUUCCCAAGAUUGAGAGCAAUAAUGGCUCCAACAUACAUGGGAACACUGACAGAAUUAUCGAAAUCAAAAAUCACAAAUCUUGAAAGUGCAUAUGAGGUUCUGGAAAAUUACCUUCAAGAAAAUCUAUAUCUAGCAGAUGACAACAUCACACUAGCAGACAUAAGCAUAUUUACAACAAUGUCAUCUUUGUAUGGAAUAUAUCCCAUCGAUGUUACUAGAUUUCCAAAGUUAAAAGCAUGGUGUGACACAAUGAGUGAACAAGACUAUAAUAAAAAAAUUAACGAACUUGGCGCAAAAGAACAUGCUGAUGGUAUUCUAGCAAUCAUGAAUUAUAAUAAGAAAAAGCAAAUGGCCAAAUUGUAG